AGGGGUCUUUCCCUGAUGUCGUUCUUGCUAUAUAGAUGAGAGGAGGACACCAAACAGCGCACUGUUGCAGUGUGCUACCACUGUUUUAAGGUCUGCAUCUGAAGCCACCUCGCUGUCAUCUCCCAGUCUCAUGCACAAGCACAGAAAAGCAAACCUACAUUUGUUGUGCUUGUCCUCUUAUUUUAUUGUUGCUUUCAUCUCUCUUUAGCACCACUCUCACUCCCAAGCAGACGGCGGCUCCUCUUGUGCUCUGUGGAAUGGAAGUGUAGCAGUUAGAUGAGGCGGAAGAAGAAGCCUUCCUUUUGCGGAGUCGGCCGACCACACUCCCACCACCGAACCGGCGGUGGCGAUCUCUUCUUCUGCUUUACUGCCCGCCGCUCCGCCGCCGCCGCCGCCUCUUCUUCCUCCGCUGCCGUGAUGCGCACGACCUCGUUCAAGUCGCUCCCCAGCCCCGGCCGCAGCCGCGACCCCUCGGCGGCGGCGCCGUCCCUUUCCGCCUCCCUCAGCCGCCGCCUCCGGAGCAGCGGCAGCGUCAAGGGCGGCCAGUCCCCGAUGUUCCCCGCGGUCGUCGGCGGGAGGCGGAAAGGCGUCGCCUUUGAGGCGGCGGAGCCGUCCUCCCCCAAGGUCACUUGCAUCGGCCAGGUGCGGGUGAAGAGCAAAAAGAGGAAGAAGGCCUCGGUGAUGCGAUCGCGUUCCGUGAGGGGGAGCCGGAGGGAGGCGAGCUUUCGGAGGACGGAGGACGCCGGCGGACCUCGAGAGCGCUUGCCGAGCAGGAAUCAGAGGUGGGUGCAUCAGCUCCCGAUGAGCAUCUGCGAGGCGCUGAGGGCAUUCGGGUCGGAGUUCAACUGCUUCUCCCCUUGUGGUGGAAGGUCCCUCUGUUCCUCCUCUUCUGCGUCGAGAUCGGGCGACGCAAGCGAAGGAGAAUGCUGCGAGAAGCGGUCGAGCUCCUGCGGGGCAGCAUUCGCUAGGUGGUUGAUGGCGGCCCCGGAGGGUAAGAGACAAGAGGACAUGGGCGUGGCAGCCGAAAAUAAAAGGGACAGAGAGAUGGGAACGGUGACAAAGGAGUGGGUAAGGAGAGAAGACUUGGGGUUGGUAGCGGAGAUGGAGAAGAGAGAAGAGGUGGUGAUGGUGGUGAAGAAAGGGAAGGAGGAAGAGGAGGAGGAGGAGGAGGAGGUGGAAGCAAGGGUCAGCAUUUGCAUUCCCCCGAAGAAUGCUCUGCUGCUGAUGAGAUGCAGAUCUGAUCCGGUCAAAAUGGCAGCCCUAACUAGCCGUUUCUGGGAUUCGCAGGCCGUGCAGGUGCGCGUCGAGGAGGGAGGAGAAGAGGAGGAAGAUAGUCGUGACGAGGACACAGAUCAAUGCCGAGAGUCUGACGAAGGAACACAGGGAGAGAGGGAUAAAGAAGACACUGAAACGGAGCAAGUGGAUCAGGAGGGAGUGGUAGAAGAAAGCCUUCAAGCAGUGGUUUCGGUAGAAGAACCGACUCAAGCAUGUGAGAAAAUAGAGACAAAGGAAGAGGAGGUGCAGGUGAAUCUAGAUCAAGAGAAACAAAAUAAGGAUGAGGACCUAAAAGAAGGGGCUGCAGCUGAGCUUGCUGAAGUAAAUGCAAACACAGGAGUUGAUCCAGAAGAGCUAGAAGUUGCGGCAGCUGAAGCAGAUAAAGUUAAGUUGGAAGAAAAACCAGAUGAAAAGGAUAAUGACAAUGAGACUCGGCCGGAGGAUAGGGAGGAAAAAGCAAGGAGAUCCAGCAGCUGCUCAUCCACAACAGACAAGGAGGAGAGAUCGAAUAGGUGCAUUUCCAGGGCAAGAGAUGGAGGAAGGAAGCGCAGCUCUGCUUCGAGGGAGAGGGACAGGCGGCGGCGGCAUAGCUUCUCCACUGAGAGGGAGGCGAGUAGACCCAGCUUGAGUAGUGAAAAAGAAGUAAGGAGGGCGAGCUUCUCUACAGAAGGGAAGGGAAGAUGGAGCUUCUCCAUUGAGAAAGAUGGUCUGAAACUAGAAAAGGAAGCAAAUGACGAAGAAACGGAGACCAAAGAAGAUAGCUGGGCAGAGGAGACAGGACCAAAUGACACUGUUGAGGUUCAAAACAUGCAUAGCAUGGAUCAAGAAGAAGUUAAAGAUGAUGACGAUGGAGACAGACAACAACAUGGAGUAGAAAGUGAAGCAAGGGAAAAGAGAAAGGAGGAGAAAACGAGCACAGAGUUGCCCGACUGCCUUCUAUUAAUGAUGUAUGAGCCGAAGUUGUCGAUGGAGGUUUCAAAAGAAACUUGGGUCUGUAGCACAGACUUCCUUGAGUGGCAUCGCCACCACCCUAACAACCGGACUCAUCUCUCUUCCAAAGCCGCUGCUGCCGCCGCUACCAUCAUCACCGAUACCACCAGCACCGGUGGUGCCAAGGUGAGUGAUGGAACCAAAGGUGAAUCAAGCAAGAAGAGCACAGAUAAAAGCAGUGAGAAGAAUGAAACGGUUGCACCCAUGAGAGAGGCACCCUGGCAUCCACCACCUCCACCACCAGCAUUGCCCACUAUGGUGGAUGCAGAGAAGAAGCUGAGAGGCAAAGUUUCUGUGCUGCAAACACCCGCUCAAGCUCUGGCAUAUGGGCCGUUUGUGCUGACACGAUGCAAGUCGGAGCCAAUGAGGUCGUCGGUGAGGCUGGCUCCGGAUGCUUGUUUUUGGAAGGACCGGCAUCAGCCCAUUGGGGCCACCGGAAUUGGAUUCUGAGCUGAUAACAAACAAUUUAAAUGGUUUUGUCUGGAUCUUCGACAAGGUAAGAACACCACUAACUAUUGUGCAAAACAUCGUUCAACUUCUUUGUGUUAGUGUUGCUUUGUUGCCUGUACAAUAAAAAUGACAAUCUCGGUUUGUUAUUCUAAUGGAGGUCUUGUGUGGCAACUGCAAAUUUUUGUUUAAA